AUGUCCAGUGCGGGGUUUAAAAAAGCGACCUUUCUUCAGACAGAUCCCGAAAAUACACACUCGUCCACCUACUUCCCCACCCCCGCCGUGCCCGAAGUAGAAGUAGCAGACCAUGCUGUAGGUUUAGACAGACCCAGAACUAGCACAACGCCGCCAGACGUUGACGGUAGCCUUCGCGAACAUUGUCCAUCUACUACUUCGCCGGAGGAUCACAUCCACGGCGGCGACCCGCUGUCUAGUGACAGCUUGCUGCAGGCCGCACUGCGCGAUUUGAGGAAUUUCAAGGUGCAGCUGCACAUGCGUCCGAUCUCCAUGGCUCCAAAGCUGAAGAACAGCACGUUCUCGAUCGACGGAUUUAUUACGUUUGGCGAGUUUUUUCGGAAAAUGAAACAACUGCUGCGCGUGGAAAGCUUGUAUCUGUACCUGCAAAGCAGCUUCACUCCCGAACGCGACGACUGCAUUGCGGAUCUUUACAAUUGCUUCAAGGGCCCCGGCGACCAACUGGUCUUCAGCUACUCGUUGGAGCCGAGCUAUUCCUGA